AAAAGAGCAAGGCACCAAACAUGGGUCCCACCAACUUACUCCUCCUCCUCCAAAUGGAUAAAGUACUUAGAAAAUCUCUCCUUACCUUGUCUUCCAUUUCUCAUCCAAAACCAUAAUCUCCACGUGUCAUAAGAUCGUUGGUUCGGAUACAGGUCCGGCAACGAGCCACGUCACAUUCGUGGUUUUUUCUCUCAACAACCAACCCCACAAACACACUCUGAAUUUUUCUUCUUUCACUCACUUUUCAUUUUCCACCUUCGCUUUUCGGUGAUCGCUUCCUUUAUACUUCUUCUUCACCGAUCAUGUCAAGGGUGAAGUUGGUUUCAUAUAUUCAUUUUUGGUUAUUGAAUGGAUGACGCUAGUGUUCUGCUUCUAUUUUAAUGUCAUAUUUUGGUUACGAGAAUAUUUUGUCGAUGGGUGGAGCGUGUUCUAGGAGGCAAGAGCGGGAUAGUGAAGAUAGUCUUAGUAGAGGAUUUUCAAGGAAAUAUUGCAAAUCUGGGAGUUUAAAAUGGUGGACAUCAUCGUUUUCUUAUCCAUCCAUGGAUAUACGUGUACAAAAAGGAGAAUGUUCAUCGCUGUUGGACAUGUGUGUCCAGAAAAUAAGCGAGGAUGUUGAUAGGCAUAACACAUUUUCUAUGCUUCCACGGGAUAUAAGUCAGCAAAUUUUAAAUAAUUUGGUCUACUACCGACGUCUUACUGGUGGUUCUUUCGAAGCUUUCCGAGAUUGUGCUCUCCAGGAUCUAUACUUGGGAGAAUAUGCUGGUGUUGAUGAUUCUUGGAUGGAUGUCAUCUCAUCUCAGGGUUCAUCUUUACUUUCGGUAGAUCUUUCUGGGUCUGAUGUUACUGAUUUUGGAUUGACUUACCUUAAAGAUUGUCAGAGUCUCAUGUCCUUAAAUCUAAAUUACUGUGACCAAAUUUCAGAUCAUGGACUGGAAUGCAUCAGUGGUCUGUCAAACUUGACAAGUUUGAGUUUUAGAAGAAAUGAUUCAAUAUCAGCUCAAGGAUUGAGUGCCUUCUCUGGUCUUGUCAACCUGGUCAAGUUGGAUUUGGAGAGAUGUACUGGGAUUCAUGGAGGCAUUGUCCAUCUUCAAGGUUUAACUAAGUUGGAAUCUCUCAAUAUGAAGUGGUGUAAUUGCAUAACAGAUUCCGAUAUGAAGCCUCUAUCAGAACUUACAAGCUUGACAAGUCUAGAGAUUUCAUGUAGUAAAGUCACUGAUUUUGGCAUCAAUUUUCUAAGAGGAUUACAGAAGCUUGUCCUGUUAAAUUUGGAAGGGUGCCUUGUAACAUCUGCAUGCUUGGAUUCUCUGGCAGAACUUCCUGCACUGUCAAACUUGAAUCUUAAUAGAUGCAAUAUUUCUGACAGAGGGUGUGAAAAGUUUUCAAGACUGGAAAAGUUGAAAGUAUUAAACUUGGGAUUUAAUGACAUUGGAGAUACAUGUUUAGUUCAUUUGAAAGGAAUGACAAAGUUGGAGAGCUUGAACCUUGAUUCAUGUAAGAUUGGUGAUGAAGGAUUGGUGAACUUGGCAGGUCAUAAGCAAUUGAUCUGCUUGGAAUUGUCUGAUACGGAAGUUGGAAACAAUGGCCUAGAGCAUUUAUCAGGAUUGUCUAGUCUGGAGAAAAUAAAUUUGUCCUUCACUGUUGUUAGUGAUAGUGGUUUAAGGAAAUUGUGUGGAUUAUCAUCUCUGAAGUCGCUUAAUUUGGAUGCUUAUCAAAUUACUGAUGCUGGACUGGCAAUACUUACAAGUUUGACCAGCCUCACUGACCUUGAUUUGUUUGGUGCUCGGAUCACAGAUGUUGGGACAAAUUAUUUGAAAAAAUUCAAAAACCUGAGGUCCUUGGAAAUAUGCAGCGGUGGAUUGACUGAUGCUGGUGUGAAAAAUAUCAAAGAGCUUUCUUCGCUAAUGUGCUUAAAUUUAUCACAAAACAGCUGCCUUACGGACAAAACAGUGGAGUUAAUUGCUGGACUCACUUCAUUGGUUUCUUUGAAUCUUUCAAAUUCACGCAUCACCUCUGCUGGACUGCAGCAUUUGAAAACACUCAAAAGCUUGAGAUCUCUGACAUUGGAGUCAUGUAGGGUGACCGCAAACGAUAUAAAGAAAUUUAAAUCAACGCACCUCCCAAAUUUGGUAAGCUUCAGGCCCGAGUAGUUGGUUAGGGUCAUAUACUAAUCUGUGUACAUAUAUGAAUCGUAUUGACAUGCUAGAAGCAUGAGAGGACAAUCUCAAAAUGUACAUAAGCUAAUGGUUUUGUGGAAGGUAUGAAUUGCCUCCCUGUGGUACAAGGGUUGUAUGUAUGUAGGAGUUUGUGUGUGUGUAUAUUAUAUGAUGUAAAAUAAUAUGAUGCUAAGGUAUAUUUGCCGCGUUUUUAGAAUUUAAAGGUGAAAAUUUGUUGAA